AUGGAGUUGGUGGCUGGAGAAACGAAUCCUCGGUCGUUAAGCCUCGCCUUCUUCUCCGAGAGCAGGAUCCGCUCGCUGUCUGAGCGGCUGGGGCACAGCAAACUCCGCGACCUCAUCGAGGCGAUUGGGACCGUCAUCAACGCUAGGAUGAACCGGGACGGUGAUCUCUGCGGCUGGAAGGCCCCAGGAGGCACAAUCAAGUUCAAAAGCCCGACGACGCCGGAAGAAGUGUCGCCAGACGCCGCGGGGGCGUACAUAGCAGUGUACUUCGACCAAGUCCACCCCAUCUACCCCUUUCUGGACCGCCAAAGCUUCGAGGAGAAGGCCUCCAACCGUGAUUUGCCUGCCUAUCUGGCCCAAAAUCCUGCCUUUUCCGCUCUAUACCACACUGUGCUCGCUCUCGGCUGUCAGUACACAGAAGGUGGGUCGUUUGAGAUCGGCAAAGGCAAGGCAUGGAAGCUGUACCAGAUCGCGCUGGGACUAUUCCCAGAUCUCCUUCUCCCCCGAGAGGCCCUCGAGAAUCUUCAGGCGAUCACGGCGAUGACUAUAUUCGCACUAAAUCUAUCCUGCAUACAAAUUGAAGAGACCCUGAUUUCCGAGGCGGCCAGAAUGGCCCAGGCAUUGGGGUACAACCGCACCACAAGUAUCGACGCUGGGCACAGGACCUUUUGGGUUAUAUACACCCUAGAGAAAACGACUUGUUUUUUCGCCGGUAACAGCUCGGAGUUAAGUGACUUUGAUAUCGGGUGUCCCAUUCCAGAUAUUCCGGAGGCCGUAUCUGGAGGCGUCGACUGGUUCUUAUCGUCUGCUCGGUUCGGUCGACUGGUCUCACGUGCUUAUGAGAUGCUAUUUUCAGUCACUGCUACCAUGAAGACCCCCGAGCAAUAUUUUGCCGCCAUCGACAAUGUAAACGAUGAUCUCGAGCAGUGGCGGAAUUCUUUUCCUGAUGAUUUCCGACCCGGUGAUGCUUUUCGGCCUGGCAACUGCAAAACUUCUUGGUCACUUUUGAUUUCACUUCGAGCGCAGUUCUUCUACUAUGCUGUUGUUAUUGCCCUAUGCAGACUCACUUUACAUGUGGGCGCCGGCACUACAUCGGAGCGCAUGGAAGAUGCCAAAAAAAGGCUCAUGCACAUUGCGCGGCAGAUCAUCGAAAACACUCGGUAUAUCGAUGCUGAACCUUAUACCCCAAUUUGGAUGCUCGGAGUAAUCCCUCUUUCGGCGUUGUUCAUCCUGUUCGACUUUGUUGUCCACAACCCAUCUCACCCCGAAACAAGCACCAACUUGGCUCUGCUGGACGUUGCUGGAGGCUACUUUAGUCGCCUAGAAUAUGCAACCGGCGGUUCCCUUCCAAGCUCGAUACUGUCAGACUUUGCUCAUAUCGCGCGCCAAUUUGUUCGAGAUAUCAAUCCUGACGAGCGUAUACCAAACGAUAUAACUCGAUAUACACCAUACCUUUCCACAAAGACUUACGAGGGAAUGCCCAAUGACACCCAGCCGAUGACGUACCUUCCUACACAUUUACCUAAUAAUCACAUACCUAUGCAUAACGAACUUGCUAAUGACGCUUCUGCUCCUUAUACUGAUCCGCUAUUCUAUCCCACCACGGAUUUGCAGCCUCUAAUGGGAGGCGACAUCCCUUCAGGUUUCGAUAUUACCAGCCUGUUUGACGCCGUCAUUCCGGAUUUCCCGAAUCUCUAG